UUGAUCAGCUGCCAGGUCAAUUAGGCCUACAACAGUACAACCGGCGGCGUUGGCUGUGGAUAUAUCUUCAAAGAUGACCAAAAUGAAAUAUACUCCGAUUUUGACCAUUUUAUUGCUAAUUUCAUUUCAAUCUGGAGACUGUUUCUUUGGGAGUCCUAGUUUUAUGAAGAUCCGACAGAAAGUUGAGGAACAUCGGAAACAAGAAAUUUUCAGACAGCUGUAUCAUGAACAGAUGCGAUUUCCAGAAUUCAUUGCCCGAACACCUAUUGUGGAUCAAUAUUUUACUCAGCCCCUUGACCACUUUGAUCCAGAAAUACUGUUGAGAUACAACCAGAGGUAUUGGGUGAAUGAUGCUUUUUGGAAGAGACCUGAUGGACCAGUGUUUUUAUAUAUAGGUGGCGAGGGAGCUCUUCAAUCGUAUGUUGUCCAGGCUGGCGAACAUGUGGAUCUUGCUAAGAAAUAUGGUGCUCUGGUAAUGGCAGUGGAACACAGAUAUUAUGGUGCUAGUAUAAAUGACAAUGGUCUGGAGCUCAAGAACAUGCAAUACUUAUCAAGUCAGCAGGCUUUGGCUGAUUUAGCCACAUUCCACACAUUUGCAUCAAGGAAGUACAACCUAACAAGUCAGAAUACGUGGAUUUGUUUUGGUGGAAGUUAUCCUGGUGCUCUCUCUGCCUGGUUCAGACUCAAGUAUCCUCAUCUUGUUUAUGGUGCUGUAGCAUCAUCUGCUCCUGUACGUGCAAUAACAAACUUUGAAGGCUAUAAUAAUGUUGUCGCUGCCAGUCUGGCUGACCCUGUUGUCAACGGCUCAAAAAAGUGUGCUGCUAACAUAAAAGCUGCUUUUGCUAAAGUGGAUGAACUGAUCAAAGGUCAACAAUUUCCAGACUUGGAACGGGAUUUCCUUUCAUGUGAGAAGUUCAAUGGCUCUCAUGAUGUCUUCCAAUUUGCAAGCAACUUGGCCGGGAAUUUCAUGGGCGUGGUGCAGUACAACAAGGAGAUGCCGAGCAUAGAUAUUACUGGUAUAUGCAGGGAAAUGGAUACCGACUUGAAUCCUUACGCCAGCUUGAUGAAGUUGAACAAGGACCUUCUCACCCAAACUGGAGAAAAAUGUGCAGACAAUUCCUGGACGAACUUCUUGAAACAAAUGAAGAACACAACAGUAGAUAGAAAAACUGGUGGUGCUGGAAUCAGGCAGUGGAUCUACCAAACAUGUACCCAGUUCGGUUACUAUCAAACUUGUGACACCAACACAACCUGCAUAUUUUCAAAAGCCAUGGAACUUGGCCCAAAUCUUGACAUCUGUUCCAGUGUGUUUGGUAUCAUGCCAUCACAAGUCGAUAAAAGAAUAGAAUUCUCUAAUGCAUAUUAUGGUGCUGAUCAACCCAGGGGGACACGAAUCAUGUUUGUGAAUGGUUCAAUCGAUCCAUGGCAUGCACUCAGUGUCCUGGGUGAUGCAAGUGCUUCAGAAAUUGCUAUAUUUAUCAAUGGAACAGCUCACUGUGCGAACAUGAGUUCUGGAAAGGCCAGUGACCCACAGUCACUCAAAGAUGCCCGCACAGAAAUUUCUGCAAGAAUACGGCAUUGGCUUCAGCAAGCAAGGCUUGAAGUGAGCAACAGAAGACAGUAGAAACAAACAUUUUGUGCUGUUCUGCAGUUUUACUUGAAGAUGGACCAGUCAAACAUUUAUGGAAACUCACAGUACCAAUACCACUUCACAUUUUGGUAACCCAUGUUCUUACAUUUAACGAAAUCUCUAUACAAAGGUGAACUGCGACUUUUUUUCAAGGGCCAUGUACAGAAUGUUCUCCUAGUUAUGCUGCCUUUCAUUAAAGCUUUACGAAGUGUACAUAUGUACUCCACAGCUGUGUUUUUAAUACCGGUGGUUAUGUCAAUUACAUGGGAUCCUACGGUAUUGAGAUGACAGUCUUAUACUGCAUUGUAGUUCUUUUGAAUAACUAAGUUUUAACAACUUUAUUAAAAAGUUUAUCAUUUUGUGCUUGAUUUGUUCAGUUGUUUAGAAUGCUGAUCUUCAUGUUCCCUAAUUCAGUGAUUUAUGAUCAGGCACAGAUAUUUUUAGAAAAAAAAACAAAAAAAGCAUUGUUUUAGAAGGUUUUCAAAAGUUGCAUUGUAAAUAUGUUUCUUUGAUUUAUACAAGAUGUUCAAAAUGUUUUAGAGUGAAUGUUUUAAAUUAGGGCAAGUGAUGUAUUAAGAUUUAUACUAGUAGCGCUGAUAAAAUGCCUAGAUUAUAUUUUCAUGAGUGAAAUUUAUCCAAGACUGUGAUUAUUGCUCUAUAACAUGAUUGUAUAAUAAAUUCAAAUUUUCUAUGAA